CGGUAAGGAUGCUGUGGAGGCGGAACGGUGGGUUGGUGCUCAGCUGUGUGCUGCUCAUGAUCUGUCUACAUUUAACACGUGCUGCGACGUGUGGUGAGCGCCAGUUUCAGUGUGGCAAUGGGAAGUGCAUUACGACCCGCUGGGUGUGUGACGACAUGGAUGACUGUGGAGAUGGAACCGACGAGCUCGCCGCCACCUGCAGUAAGAAGGAAUGCCUGGAGUCUGAGUUCAGCUGUGGUGGGAGGCUAAACCAGUGUCUGUCGUCCAGGUGGCGCUGUGAUGGAAAGGCUGAUUGUGAAAACGGAGCAGAUGAGCAAGGCUGUGCCCUGACGAGCUGCACAGCUGACGAGUUUCUCUGCGCAAACGGAGACUGCAUAUCCAACUCCUUCGUCUGCGACGAAGAUGCAGAUUGUACAGACGGUAGCGACGAGGUCUCAUGCCCCAAGCCUACAUGCACAGCUGGUUCGUUCCAGUGCAACAACACGAAGUGCGUGCCGCAGCUGUGGGCCUGCGACGGGGACGCAGACUGCGCAGACGGCUCGGACGAGUGGAGUGAGAACUGUAACCACCAGGUCACUCCGAGACCCUGCAAUCGGCAGGAGUUUCAGUGCACCAGCGGCGAAUGCAUCCACGCCAUGUGGCGCUGCGACGGAGGCAUGGACUGCGCUGACCACUCGGACGAGGCCAAUUGCAGUUUACCCACCUGUCGGCCAGACGAGUUCCAGUGUAACGAUGGUAGCUGUAUUCCCGGCCUGCACCAGUGUGAUGGAACAGUUCACUGUGCGGACAUGAGCGAUGAGAAAGACUGCGCUGUCGUAAGUAAAUGUGAAGGUCCGGGUAAGUUUCAGUGCCGCAGUGGCGAGUGCAUAAACAUGGAUAAAGUAUGCAAUAAAAGACGUGACUGCAAAGACUGGUCCGACGAACCCAUCAAAGACUGCAAUACAAACGAGUGCCUUAAAAACAAUGGCGGCUGCUCUCACAUCUGUUCUGACCUCAAGAUUGGCCAUGAGUGCCACUGCCCCACAGGAUACCACCUGCUUAACCAAACACACUGUGAAGAUAUUGAUGAAUGUGCUGAUCCUGAUACCUGCUCUCAGCAGUGUGUGAACCUGCUAGGCAGCUAUAAAUGUGAAUGUCAGAAAGGAUAUGAGAUGGACCUCAUGACCAAAGAGUGCAAAGCUAUCACAGGUAAUGUUCCAUACCUGUACUUCACCAACCGUCAUGAGGUGAGGAAGAUGACUCUGGAUAAGCGCGAGUACACAUGCCUGAUCCCUCAGCUAAAGAACGUUGUUGCACUUGACAUGGACAUGUCCGGUGGAACAAUUUUUUGGUCUGAUCUUUUUCACAAAAAGAUCUAUAGCACUUCAAUGGACAAGGCUGCUAACUCCUCAAACCACGUCACCUUGAUUGGCAACCAUAUCUCUGCCCCAGAGGGUUUGGCUGUAGACUGGAUCCAUGGCAACAUCUACUGGACUGACAGCACUUUUGGGAUUAUCUCUGUUGCAACCAAAAAUGGCUCCAAGCGCAAGACUCUAAUCAGCGAUGGGCUAAAGAAGCCACGUGCUAUCGUCGUGGACCCAGAACACAAUUUUAUGUACUGGACAGACUGGGGAAACCCUGCCAGAAUUGAGAAGAGUGGUUUAAACGGGGCAGAUCGUACUUUGCUAGUCACAGACAACAUCGCCUGGCCCAACGGCAUUACACUGGAUUUGGUAAAUCAGCGGCUGUACUGGGUGGACUCCAAACUGCACACACUUUCCAGCGUCGGUGUUGAUGGCGGUCUGCGUCACACACUUAUCAUUGACGAGAUGCAGCUGGCCCACCCUCUAGCACUGACUGUAUUUGAGGAGAAAGUGUUUUGGACAGAUGUGGCCAGUAAAAGCAUCAUGAGUGCCAACCGUCUGACGGGAAAAGACAUUGAGAGAGUGGUGGAGAACCUGAUGUCUCCUGAGGACAUCGUCCUGUACCACAACCUCAAGCAGCCUAACGGUACAAACUGGUGUCAGGAAGGAAACGUGCAGAACGGAGGCUGUGAAUAUCUUUGUCUUCCUGCUCCCUGGGUGAACAAGCGCUCUCCAAAAUACACCUGCGCCUGUCCUGAUCAUAUGACCCUGGGCCCUGACAUGAGGAAGUGUGUGAAUGUUGAACAGCCAGUAAUAAGUACAUCAGUGGUUCCACCUCGAGUUCCAGCUGGUACUACACCACGACGACCUGCCCCCAGCACUACAAAACCAAAACCCACAACUGCAGACAAGAUUGUAACUUUCCCAGCAGCUGGGCCUCGGAAAAACAGCUUUCAGGACAUUACACCACAAGGUUCAAAUCAACAAUAUGUCCCUGUCAGCAGCCCUUCACAGAACCCAGUUGCUCUCUAUGUCAUCCUCCCAUUAGUGGUAUUAUGCCUGACUGUGUUCGGUGGCGUGUUGCUGUGGCGUCACUGGAGGCUGAAGAACACCAACACUAUUCACUUUGAUAAUCCUGUGUACCAGAAAACCACUGAAGACCAGGUGCACAUCUGCAGGAGUCAAAGCCAAGAUGGCUACAUUUACCCACCGCAGCAGAUGUUGAGUCUGGAAGAUGAGGAUUGAUUUUCCUCUCAGUGAAACCCAAACAACCCCAAGUGAAGUCAAGUAUGAAGAAUAAGAGAUGUGAAGGUCACUAGAAACUGCUCUGCUCCAGUGGCUUUUUGCAGACAAACUGAAAGUGAAGGGAAGAUUUAGGACAAUUAUCAGAAACUGAAGUCAUAGUGAAGUUAUAGGGUUUUUUUUGUGUGUGUUUACAUUUGAUUUUUGGGACCAAAAUUCUGUUGGAAGUUAGUCACCUGCUAUGGGAGAUGCACAUGCAAAGAAUGUCUCAUGGUACAGGCUUUUGUCGAGCUUACUUGAGCGACAAUAAGGUACAUUAUCAUAAUUUAUGGUUACAUCUACUUUAAUUACAAAUUUUAAGUUAAGAUAAACAAUUAAUGAUUUAAAUGUUAUUCCAUCCUAAAAGACAUUUAUUUUUGAUAAAAAAAGACUUGAAAUGAAAAGAUAAAAACUUGCCUGCAGAAGGAUGACAUGACACAUUUAUAAGUUAAACACAUAAUA